AUGCUGCAGGACAGGACGCAGUUUUAUGCAAGGCGGUUGGUCAAUGAUACAAAUCUCGCUUCCUGCCACGAUGUCACCAUUCCGGAUUCUUCCCGUCCCGCCUUGACAAGUCAGCGACAAGAAAGCAUCCGGAUGAUGCAUACGUUGUACUCCUAUGUACUUGCACCUCUUGGCUACCAAAUGCAACGCCGCGACUCAGGCCCGACCGAGCUGAUGACUAUUCUGGCGCUUUCCUUUCGCAGGGUCAUGCCUGAUGGCAUCAGACCUUCCACACGGUUGAGAAAUCGUGUCGAACAGCGACAGAGCGUGUCAGAGCCCAAAACCUAUCCAAAUUCGUCAUCCGGAUGGACAAUCGCCGGCCCGCGUCAAAAAUCCGACAUGCACUCCGUCCUUUGCGUAUGCCGCCUGACUCUUCGAAAGGCCCAUCUUCCGGUCCAUUUUGGCGUAAAGUUCACUCGAAAUCCGGGACUUAUUGCCGGGUUGACACCGACAACCACCAAGCCAUACGUCUCCGACUUUGCUUGUUGUCCGGAUGCAUGUCGUUUCUACUUCCCCAGAAGCAUCCUAGGUCGUUCUCUUAGUUUGGACAGCUUGUCCCCGAGAUUCGACAGCACGAGCUGGCUUUAUCCGACCCAGACUUACAUUUACGCUCAGCCUGCCUUCGAGGCCGACCCUUCUCAUGGAAUAGGUCAUAUGAAGGCGGUGUUCCAGCACAGUGGACACGAGCCUCACCCGCCUCACACGAUUAGUUCGCGGAGGACUAUCUGGGUCAAACCAGACUCCUUGGACGGGUUCAGUUCCGCGCCUGGUCGUGGCUCACUGCCAUUCGCCCUGGAGAAAUCGCUAUCAUCUUACGCAGCCGACUGGCCUGAGUUCUUCCUCAACAUGCACAUCAAGCAGAACUCCUCGAAUUCAUGUUCGUUCAAUAGCACCCAAAAGGCCAAGACUUAUGUCGCAUGGACGCACCGGGAGUUGGAGGACCAUGGCCUGACCUUUGGUUUCUGGCACUGCUCUUCUGCUUACUAUGUCUCGGGCCGCUUUGCUCGGAAGGGGCAGUUCAGGGAUAAUGAUGCUCAGUCUAGUCUUACACGAAAGAUGGAGUACCCGAAUGCCACUUGA